AGUACAGCUGAAUGCAGAAUUCUUUUUGCAAUCAAAAAUUUCCCUUGUACUUUAGUGGAGAAGUCGUUCAUGGAUACGGGCGUGGAAGUACUCAGCUUGGCUACCCGACAGCAAAUAUCGACACAGUCAGUUUGAAGGAAUUGAAAGAGGUUCCUAAAGGCGUUUAUUUUGGCUAUUGCCGACUGAACGAACAAGGGGAGAAGGGUGAUGUUGAGCCGAUGGUUAUGAGCCUCGGGGAAAACCGGAUGUUCGGAAACACCGAGACAACUGCCGAAGUACACGUUUUGCGUCAGUACGACCACAAUUUCUAUGGAGCGCACCUUCAAGUUUCUGUAAUUGGAUACAUUCGAAAGAUGCAGAUGUUUCGCUCGGUGGACGAGCUCAUCGAGGCCAUAGGAAACGAUAUUCGAGUGGCUAGAGCAGAACUGGAAAAGCCGGAGUUGUCUGCUUUUCGAGAAGAUCCAUAUUUCAAAUAA